AUGCCUCUCUGCGGCAGCAACAAAGUCGUCCAGCGCAAGCUGGUGCUCCUCGGAGAUGGCGCCUGCGGGAAAACCAGUCUAUUGAACGUCUUUACACGAGGGUUCUUUCCGACAGUGUACGAACCCACAGUUUUUGAGAACUAUGUCCACGAUAUCUUCGUCGACGGAAUCCAUAUGGAAUUGUCGCUGUGGGACACGGCGGGACAAGAGGAAUUCGACAGACUGCGGUCAUUGUCCUACGACGACACCCAGGCCAUCAUGUUAUGUUUCAGCGUUGACAAUCGAGGUUCCUUGGAGAACGUCGGCACGAAAUGGAUCGCCGAGAUCAAUGAACAUUGUCCCGGCGUCAAGAUCGUGCUGUGCGCGCUGAAGUGUGAUUUACGAGAGGAACAAGAGAAAGAGGACGACGAGCCGGCGGCGCCUCCCAGGAUCAUGAUACAAUACAACGAGGGGUUGGAAGUUGCCAGACAAAUUGGUGCUCUACGAUAUCUUGAAUGUUCGGCUAUGCGGAAUCGUGGCGUCAAUGAAGCUUUCACAGAAGCCGCCAGAGUCGCCCUCCAAGUCAAACCGGCCAAAUCCAAAGAAGACUCGAAAUGUACGGUCAUGUGA